CUGUUGAACUAAUUCACGAGAUAUUCUCUAGAUUGCCUGUCAAGUCAAUAGCGAGGUGUCGUUGCGUGUCGGAACAAUGGAGGUCCAUACUUUGCAGUGUAUAUUUUACCGAGCUGUUCUUAACAAAGUCUUCCACUCGACCUAGUCUCUUCUUCGCCAUGGAAAGCUCUACAAACAAUAAUGAGUUUCUCUUCUUUUCCUCCCCUCACCGUGAUGACAAGACAUGCCGCUGUUCAGUUGAAGUUUUCUAAAGACAUGCCGCUGAAAUUUUGUGGUCAUGCCUCUGGUUUGUUCUGUUUACGUCGUAUGCCAAUCUUAAAAGAGGCCAGGGAUGAGGAGGAGGAGGAGGAGCAUACAGAGCAUGUGAUAUGCAACCCUAGCACAGGACAGUACGGGUUCUUACCUAUAGUGAGGACGGGCAGUAAGAGCCUUUUAGGGUUUGAUCCUAUUGACAAGGUGUUCAAGGUAGUGUCAUCCAAUUCUACCUAUUCAUCUCGCACCAAUGUUGUUAAUGUUUUUACAUUAGGAACUGGAGAAGUUGAGUGGAGGAAGAUCUACUCUCCCUUAGACCAUUAUCCUUGGUCCAAGGGGAUAUGCAUCAAUGGAGUUCUAUAUUACUUGGCUCUAGGACUCCAUGCAACAACUUUCUAUAUAGUUUGCUUUGAUGUUCGGUCUGAGAAAUUCAAGUUUAUGGACACAUAUAAAUUCACUCAUUAUACUACAAGAUUGAUCAACUAUGAGGGUAAAUUAGGUCUGGUUAGGUGGACAGCUUAUUCUGAGAGUAUCAUGACUAUGUGGGUUCUAGAGGAUGUCGAGAAACAUGAUUGGUCUGAACAUCUAUUCACUCUUCCUGGUGAUAAAUUCAGUGGCACUGGCUUUGUUUCCGUUGUUGGAGUGACCGCUACAGGUGAAAUUGUUUUGAUGAACAACUCUUAUCACUCCAACCCAUUUUAUGUUUUCUACUUCCAUCCCGGAAGGAACACUGUCAAACGCCUUGAAGUCCAAGGUUUUGAAAACCAUGGUGGUAGUAGAGUUUACGCCUUUGUAGACCAUGUAGAUGAUCUCACGUUUAAUAUGAAAUCUUGGCAGCUGCAUCAAGAUGUUCUUCCUAGGUUUUGAAAGCUUUAACAAAUUUCGUGCUCUCAGUCUUCUAGAUGAUGUAUGAAUUUACAGGUGCAGAAAAUCUCUUUGUGUUAAUAAAAGGUGUAUUCAAUACGUUACUGAAGCUUUUGACCUGACGACCUUGCUUGGUUCUAGUCAUCUCAGAGAAGAGAUCUAAUUUCUUCAAAUGAUUUAGCAACUUUUAGAUUUUACUGUGGCUCACAAUAUUAAUAUAUUCCGGACAAAUUUGGUCUGUCUUUUGUGCUGCUGAACCUAACGUUAAGAGCAUCUGCAUUAGUGAACUCCAUGGGGAGUUCACACAGUUUUCGAAAAAAAAAAAAAUAUUAAAAUAAACAAAAGCAAUGAACCUCUCUCUUAUAAGUUCACUGCACUGAACCUGGAUCAUCACUGUAGCGCGGGCUCCACGACACGUGGCGGCCCGCGGUUGGUCCGGUUAUAAUUUUUUUUUUUUUUUUUUUUUAAAAACAAAAAUCAAACAGAAAAAAAAUAAUAAUAAAAAAAUGCUUUGUGAACCCCUUCCAAGGGGUUCACUAAUGCUGAUGCUCUAAGACUGAUCCUCCUUUCGUAGGCCGCAAAUGUCAGCUUCAAAAUUAUGUGUGUUUAAUUGGAGUCAUUGAAAAUGAAUGAUACUCGUUAUGUUUCCCGAAAGCAAGAUUUUCUAAAGUCUUCACGUUUAUUAAAAUUCAAUAAAUAUUUAUAAUUUAAUUUUUCUUUUACUUUAUUAUACACAUUUCAAUAACUUUUCACCAAUGAAUUUAAUUAAUUCAAAUAUUUUUUAAAAAUAUAAACAAAUAUCUUAAACAUAUAAAAAAACUAUCUUUGUGGAAUAAGUAGAAAGUCUAAAACAUCUUACUUUCGGAAACGGAUGAAGUAUAUAGGAAAGUAAUUUUCAAUAUCAUGUGAAAUACAUUAAAAAAAAAUUGAAUCUCUAAAGCUACUGCAUAAGCCAUCAGCAUUAUGAAAUCCACAAACAGAAAAAUCAGCGCACAGUUGAUGCUAGAAUUCGUUGGCAGUGAUGGUUAGAGAGCGUUACAAAAAAUUUGUGAUUAAGCAAAAGUUAGUAGAAAAUCAAUAUAACACUCAUAUAUAUUGACCAAAUCAAUUAUAUUAUUACUAAUUUCUAACAUUUAAAAAACAACUAAAUCGCAAAUAUUAUCCCUAAGUAAAUAAUGUGUAGGUUUAUUUUAAAACCA